GAUCCAGAUUUGCCUCCAAUCGAUCAGAGGAGAAGAUUAUUGCUGAUGGUAACCAAAGACGCAGAUAUGUCUUUCUCUCAAUUUGGAUAUCCUUACAAUGCAACUUCUCAGUUUUUCGUGUCGUCAAAGCCCAGUACGACUUGCUGCGAUUCGAUUUCCAGGUCGGUACCGGACGGCUCGAGCGCUCCCCAGGCCGCCUCCGCCGCCGCCGCCUCCUUCUGCUGCCCGCCCGCCUGUGAGAAGCGGCUGGUGUCGGGAGCGCGCGCAGAGCUGAGUGCGGCGCUGGGUGUCUACGGCUCUCCGUACGCGCCGGCACACGCGUACGCCAACUACUUCCAGUACGGAGCGGAUUCCUCUGCCAUCUACUCCACACUGAACCCUCAAUAUGAUAUUAAAGAAAGCACAGGAAGCCUUCACAGUGGGAUAAGCCAGCCCAAUGCAUACUAUUCAUAUGACCACUCACUGGGCCAAUAUCAGUAUGAUAGGUAUGGGACUGUCGACUUUAACAGCUCAGCCAGAAGGAAGAAUGCUACACGCGAGACAACAAGCACUCUCAAAACAUGGCUUUACGAGCACCGCAAGAACCCAUAUCCAACCAAGGGCGAGAAAAUCAUGCUUGCCAUUAUCACAAAGAUGACCCUUACCCAGGUGUCCACCUGGUUUGCCAAUGCCCGGAGGAGACUGAAGAAAGAGAACAAGAUGACCUGGUCACCGAAGAAUAAGGCUGUAGAUGACAAGAAAGAGAUCUUGGAUAAGACAGACCAGGACUCGCUUACCAAAGACUCUAAAGACUGCAAGGAGGACAGAGACCUCCGUCUAAGUGACCUUGACAUCAUAGAAGAUGAAGAUGAGGAAUGUGACAAGCUGGACAGUGACUGUGAGAAACCUAGCCAAGAUAUGGCAACACUCUCUCUGCCCUCUCUGCCCAUCUCCAGCCCUCCAAAGAGAGACUGCAGCUCUGACCUUCCUUCCCCCUCCAGCUUCCCAGCAUUCCCUUGCAAAGUGAAAGGUGUUAUGGCACUCGUUCCUGACAUGGACACUUCAGGCUCCAAACAGCAGCCACAACAGUUUCCAGCUUUACAUCCUGCCUCCAUUGGUCCCAUUUCCCUGCCUAAUUUCCAAGUACUGGAUCAGAAGCCAAGGAUUUGGUCCCUGGCUAGAACCGCUGCUACUGGAAUGACCCAGCACAGACAGGAAUUACAAACUGAAUGCCAGCUACAAACUGCUCGGGUGCCAAUGGUGGGGAGUGGUGGGCAAUGUAUUGGUUCCAAGGGUCUUCAAGACCCCAUGAAUUUGGGGAACUCUGAGAGCUUGUUUGAAGAAGGAUCACAGGGGCUGAAUAAGGUGUACAGUGCAGCAAACUACAGAGGCCUACAACUUCACUGCUCCUCAUACCAAGCUGUGACAGACUCAUACCAUUAUGCCACUAUGGAAGGAUUCUGCAGUGGAGGGAAGUCAGAGAGAGAGUCCUCUGAGCACAGUGACAUGUAUCUUAUGCUGCAGGACGCCAAGACAACCGCUUUCAGACCUGUAAUGAAGAGGUGAGACAGGCUGACUGACGCGCUGUCCUUCAGCACCGGCACGUUUCUAUGACUUUAUUUAUUCACUGUGGAUCCGAAAUUACAAUGAUGAUGAUGAUAAUGAAGAAAGUGAAGAAAGAAAAGCGCAUGGCCUCCCGGAACUCGCCAUAUGCGCGCAACCAGCCAGCCGCUUCGUGCACGCGCGCAGGUAGCCAGCAUUUUGCACAGUACAAUUUUUUGACGGUGUUAAUAACUUUAUGCAAUGUUUAAAAAAAUAAUAAAUGCAACUGUUUUAAAAACAAACAUAUAUGUCCGUAAGUUCUGAUGUCCGCACCGGCAAUCGUAGUGUAGAUAUCUUAUUUAUUAUGUAUUUAUAAUUUUAAUAUCCGCCCGUUAUUUAUUUCGCACCAUGCGUCUCCGCUGUGUUUUGUUGUGAACUUUGUUUCCUGUUGUCACUGUUUACGUGUUU